UAAACCUUUCACAGGGUCAUUGUGAUUGUAGAGCUGCUCGUUCAACAUGAUGGCUGUUUGUGUUAUGUCAGGGGCCUUGCUCCUUGUUAUGCUGGUGGGUGUGAAUUACAGCUACCCAGUAAAGCAAGGCUUUGAUCCUAGCUCCUCCAGUUAUGGUGCAAACUCUGCUUCUGCUGGCCAUAACUGGAAAGGCGUGCCGCCUUCUGGUGGAUUUGCCCCUGCAGUUUCUGGUUCUGACUCUAAAAUUGUUGCAGCUCCACGUACAGAACCUAGUUACCCUCAACCCAGUGUUCAGAGAGAAGCAGCAGCUUCUUACAGCUCUAACUCUUUUGCCGCACCUGUACAGUCAGGAUACGUUAGCAGCUCUUCUGCAGGCCGAAGUUCUCUCCGGCCCUCCUCUACACAAGACAUCGCCUGGGCAGUUGCACCUCCCAGCCUUUCUGGUGAGGGCCCUCCCGCAAGACCUAGUACUGGCCAGUUUGCCCCCAGUAAUUCUGCCCCUCAACCACCUGACUAUAGCAAUGUGAGUCCACUUGGCCUGUUUCGUCCAGAGUACCAGGCAGGUGAAAUGUCCCAUCUGGAAAAGAACUAUGAGCAUGGCAACUACGAGUCUGAGACGGAAGAGCUAGGCUUCCAGCCACCACCUCCUGGUGUCCAAGUGGCUGCUGGAUAUGCCUCCACAAGCCAACUUCAGCCGUCAGGCCUCGGCGCAAUUUGGGUUGAAUAUCCUUAUGACUACAUGUUCCUGACUGGUCAAUAUCCUCCAGGCACAGUUUCUCACUUCAGCAGUAGCUUUGAGCAGGGGCGGGACCACUGGCAAGACACUCACUACAAAAGAGACUACUAUCCUGCCUACCCCAGUACUCAGCAGGUCUUGACCCUCCCUGCUGACUCUCAAGUCCCUCAGAGCGUCAAGCAGCCCAGCUACCCUGCACAGUAUUGGCAGAAUUAGCUAUGGUGAAGGAAAUGGACAAAACCAGCCAUACGAAGGAGUUGGUCUAUAAGGUUACAUGCAGCCACGUCAGUAUAAACAUCAGGGCAGGUGGAUGCAGCCUGAGCAAGAUACUGUCUUCUGCUUGAAAGCAACCAGAAUUUUGUCACAGCCUGAGAUGAACUUGCUCUUAAUGUUUCCUAUCAUUCAUGUUGGCUACUAAAUGAAUCCCUGCAGACCUUGUGUUCUGAUGUCAAUAAAGAUCACUUUAAAUGCUA